CGGGCCUUUAUGAUGAAAUAAUCUGGAAUGCGAGUGGGGCAACGCGGUCAUACGUGUAAUUUCCAAGGGCCUGCCAAGGCCGUUGCUGCGGCGGCUCGGUGCAAUUCUUCCCCCUCCUUCCCCUCUUUUCUCUGCCACCAGCAGCUAUUAAUAUGAAGAGCUUGUCCUCCCUCCUGUCCGACCUUCUCGGUUAAACCUCUCUUCUCCUUUUUGAUACCCCUCCAAGUCCACAAUCUCCCCUCACCAUGUCUCUUACCACUACCAUCGAGACUCCUAUCGUCAAAUAUGAGCAGCCCCUUGGCCUGUUCAUCAACAACGAGUUCGUGAAGGGUGCCGAAGGCAAGACCUUCGAGGUCAUCAACCCCACAAACGAGAAGGUCAUUACAUCCGUCCACGAGGCAACGGAAAAGGAUGUGGACACCGCUGUUGCUGCUGCUCGCGCUGCCUUCGAGGGUGCCUGGCGCCAGGUAACUCCUUCUGAGCGCGGCCGCUACCUCAACAAGCUGGCGGACCUGAUGGAGCGUGAUAUUGAUACCCUUGCUGCUAUCGAGUCUCUCGACAACGGAAAGGCCUUCACCAUGGCCAAGGGUGACACAGCUAACGCCAUCGGCUGCUUGCGCUACUAUGCUGGCUGGGCCGACAAGAUUCACGGCCAAACCAUUGACACCAACCCCGAGACUCUUACCUAUACCCGCCACGAACCCAUUGGUGUUUGCGGUCAAAUCAUUCCCUGGAACUUCCCCCUUCUCAUGUGGUCAUGGAAGAUUGGUCCCGCUGUUGCUGCUGGUAACACUGUUGUUCUGAAGACUGCUGAGCAGACCCCUCUCUCUGCUCUCUACGCCGCAAAGUUGAUCAAGGAGGCUGGCUUCCCUGCUGGUGUCAUUAACAUCAUCUCUGGUUUCGGCCGUGUUGCCGGUGCUGCCAUCUCCAGCCACAUGGAUGUUGACAAGGUCGCCUUCACUGGCUCGACCCUUGUUGGACGCACCAUUCUCCAGGCUGCUGCCAAGAGUAACCUCAAGAAGGUCACCCUCGAGCUUGGUGGCAAGUCUCCCAACAUCGUCUUUGAUGAUGCCGAUAUUGACAACGCCAUCUCAUGGUCCAACUUUGGUAUCUUCUUCAACCACGGCCAAUGCUGCUGUGCUGGAUCCCGUAUCCUCGUUCAGGAGGGUAUCUACGACAAGUUUGUCGAGCGCUUCAAGGAGCGUGCUGCCAAGAACAAGCUUGGAAACCCCUUCGAGCAGGACACCUUCCAGGGCCCCCAGGUUUCCCAGCUCCAAUUCGACCGCAUUAUGGAGUACAUUAACCACGGUAAGCAGAGCGGUGCUACCGUUGCUGUCGGUGGUGACCGCCAUGGCAAGGAAGGUUACUUCAUCCAACCCACCGUGUUCACCGACGUCACCUCCGACAUGAAGAUCGCCCAGGAGGAGAUCUUCGGCCCUGUCGUCACCGUCCAGAAGUUCAAGGAUGAGGCCGAGGCCAUUAAGAUUGGAAACAGCACCGAAUACGGUAGGCUUGGCCACUCAAUCUUGAUUGAAUCAUACUGACACUAUUAGGUCUUGCUGCUGCCGUCCACACCAAGAACGUCAACACUGCCAUCCGCGUUUCCAACGCCCUCAAGGCUGGUACCGUCUGGAUCAACAACUACAACUUGAUCUCAUACCAGGCUCCCUUCGGUGGCUUCAAGCAGUCUGGUCUCGGCCGAGAGCUCGGCUCCUACGCCCUCGAGAACUACACCCAGGUCAAGACGGUUCACUACCGCCUGGGCGAUGCUCUCUUUGCUUAAACAAAACACCAUAUGACAUUAUGACGAACUUGCACAAAUGAUAACCAAGCGUGCUGUGGUAUGGCCUUCUUUUGGAUUGCCAUUUGAUGUAAAAACAUAUCAGAAAUAAUUUCAAGCACGAUUUUACGAACAAUAUCUUAUUGAAAUAUUUAUCACUUAUCUGUAUUCCGAUG